GUCUUUUUACGUCUUUCAUUUGUUUUUAUUGAAUCGGGCAACAACACGUGUUUAAAAAGUGAAAAAUCUUAAAUUUUUGGGAAAAAACUUAAAAAAACAAUUUUAAAAUCAGAAAAAUGGGACGCACGAACAAAUCCCAUAAAAGACGCAAUGAAAACGCUAAAGUAAAAAGAGCACGCUAUGCAGUUAAAGAAUUGGCAAUGCUCAAAAAAACUUUGGGCAUCAUGGACACCGAAGAUGGCGAUACUAUGGAACAAUUAGCAGAUGUGGCCACAGUUAAAAGUGCAAAGGAAAUAAAACAUGAGAAAAAAUCCAAAGAAGAAAAUGAACUUGCAUUCGAAUUGCAAGAAGAACGUGAUCAAGGUGAAAAAAUCACCAUUGUUAAUGAGAAAACCGGUAAAACUCAUGUUUAUAACACUAAAACCCUAAAAGAUCAACAUGGUUCCUAUCCAUCCUGGUAUAAGCCGCGUAAAACUGCCAAGCGUAUGCGCAAGAAGGAUCAUGCCCGUAAACUUAAAUUCAAGCAACACUGGACGGUCACCAAUGUGCCUUUGUAGUGUGGCCAUGUCCACAAUUCAUUUGUUUAAAGUUUAAGCUGUGAAUACAGGUAGUUUUUAAGUUUAUUUCUUUUGACUUUGUGGGGGGUUGAUAUGUAGUUUCAAGUCGGAAAUUGGAAUUACAUUUUUGGGGAAUAAAAAAAAAUACAAAAUAUUUUGUAGUGUAAAAAUUUUUCAAAAAAUUAAUUUUAAAAUAUAACUAAUGGAUAAAAUUUUGCAUAUUUUGAUAUUUAGAAUAAUUUCAAAAUAUUUUGUAUAUAAUAAAAUUAUAAAAAAAAAAUUAUAUUAAUAUUGUAGAUUUUAUAUAAGCAAAUGAUUUUUGCUUUCAAUUUCAACAUGUUUGAAGAGAUUUGUAGAGUAGAAUAUGAAGACUUGUCUACAAAGAAUAUAAUAUUAAAUAUUUUUAUUAUACACUUGUAGCUUUUUCAUAAUGAAAAACGAGCUGCUAACUUUUUUCUGUGUAGAUUUCUAUAGGGGAAAGAUAGCAGCUUGUUAACAGUUAGUUUUCUAUUAUGAAAAAGUUCAUGUCGCUAAUUAAGGUUUAAGUUUUAAUUUUUUUUUAUUGCAUAAAAAAUUAUUUUUGGAAUAUUUUAUAUUUCUAGAUUGAUUAAAGUUUAUUCUAACUUAACUAGA